AUGUUUCAAAAAAUAAAUGGACCCUUUGCCAAGCAGUAUGGAUUUAUAAACACAUGUCUAAAGUCUAUGGUGGUUGAAAAAUAUGGUGAAGAAAUAUGGGAAAAUUUAAGAGUCCAAACUGGAGUACAGGAUAAUUUUUUUACUUUUGAAGUUUAUAAAGAUGAGAUCACAAUGCAACUAAUUGACAAGGCAUGCCAAAUGUUAGAUGUUUCCCCAGAUAUGGUCCUAAAACAAUUUGGAGAAUAUUUCUUUGAAUUCUGUAAACAGUCAGGUUAUGACCAUAUGCUGAGAACACUGGGAGGAAAUCUGUAUGAAUUUAUAGAGAACCUGGAUGCAUUACACGGUUACCUCAGUCUGUCUUACCAGGAGAUGAAUGCUCCUUCCUUUAGGGUAGAAAAGAAUGAAGAUGGGUCAAUGUAUUUGCAUUAUUAUUCAGACAGAAGAGGCUUAUGCCACAUAGUUCCAGGAAUCAUUGGUGCAGCAGCUUUGGAUUUUUUCAAUACUGAAAUUUCAAUGGAAAUUGUCAAUCAGACAGAAGAAGAAGAAAGAACAGGGAAAAAAGAACACAUUGUAUUUCUUGUAACACAAAAACCUGUUUUUUCAUACAAAAGAAGAAACAAGUUCUCUUCCUCACACUACCUUCCAAAUUCUGGAGCUCAAGCAGAGAAAAGACUGAAUAAAGAGGAACUUGAAAGAACCAUGAAUAAGAUUAGAGAUAAAACAAGUGUCAAAAGGAGCCACUGGGAAACAAUCAGAGGAAUUGUGACAAUAGGAAAAGGUCGACUUCUUAGAGGAUUUGAUCCUGUCUAUCCUAGGACCCUCUGGAUUGACCCAAAGACUUUUUGCAUUGGGCUUCCCUUCCAUAUUGUUUUUGAUGAACAGCUUAGGGUGAAACAAGCUGGAGUUAGUAUUCAAAAGAUUGUGCCUGGCCUUCAAAUACUGGGCAUCCGUCUCAAUCAGUACUUCACUAUUGUACGCCCUGAAGUGAAAUUUACCAUCUCCAGUGUUCAGAGAUUUAUCAACAGCCAAUUUGUUUUCCGGACCAAGAGAGAGAUGAUGCCAGACUCCUGGAAGCAGCGUCCUAUGUUAGAGCUAAGAGGGCAGAUGAUCUGGAUGGAGUCUGUUCAGUGCAUGCUGUACCUUUGUUCCCCUCUGCUGCGUACAUUGCAUGAGUUGGAGGAAAGACACAUGCACAUUUCUGACAUAGCUCCCCAUGAUGUCACUAGAGAUUUGAUCUUGCUCAACCAACAGCGGUUGGCCGAGAUGGAGCUCUCCAAUCAACUGGAGAGGAAAAAAGAGGAGCUGCGGAUCCUGUCUAAACACCUGGAGGAAGAAAAGAAGAAAACAGAAACCCUCCUGUAUGCCAUGCUGCCUAAACAUGUUGCCAACCAGCUGAAAGAGGGGAAACGAGUUGAGGCAGGAGAAUUCAAAGAAUGUACUAUAUUAUUCAGUGAUGUUGUGACUUUUACUAACAUUUGUGCCCAAUGUGAGCCUAUUCAGAUAGUCCUCAUGUUAAAUGCAAUGUAUCUACGAUUUGACAGGCUAACCACAGUACAUGAUGUCUACAAGGUUGAAACCAUAGGGGAUGCCUACAUGGUUGUAGGGGGUGUCCCUGUCCCUGUAUCAACCCAUGCUGAACGGGUUGCCAACUUUGCCUUGGGAAUGAUCAUAGCAGCCAAAGACAUAACAAAUCCUGUUUCUGGAAAUCCUAUUCAAAUUAGGGUUGGGAUCCACACAGGAUCUGUCCUUGCAGGGGUUGUUGGAGAAAAAAUGCCACGUUACUGUUUGUUUGGAGAUACAGUGAAUAUAGCAUCCCGGAUGGAGAGCCAUGGAGUGCCAAACAAAAUUCACCUCAGUGGCAGUGUUUAUCAAUGCCUCAAAGAGAAGAAUUUUGACAUUACGGAAAGAGGAGAAAUUGAUGUGAAGGGCAAAGGGAAAAUGCACACUUAUUUUCUGGUCCAAAAUACAAUUGCAACUGAGAAUGAGAUCAUGGGAAGACCAAGUGAAGAUGCUGGCCUCAGCCACGAAUCUUCUCAGUUGUCUCAAGAUUGUAAGGCUGAUGGCAAGCAAAACUCAUUCUCACAAGACAAACUGUGUGAUGCAGAGACCUAUGCAAGUCUCCAUGGUGUCCAGCAGCCAAACCAAAAUCCGUAUAAUUUCAUACAAAGAAGACACAGGCCAGGUGCAGAGACACCACAGAUCAGGAAUGUCAGGUCUAAUUUCUGUAACUUGUUUUAA